AUGCAGGGCACUCCAGUGAAUAUCAUUGUAGGUUCUCAGGUUUGGGUUGAAGAUCCAGAUGUUGCUUGGAUUGAUGGACAAGUUUCAAAGAUUAAUGGAUCAGAAGUUGAGAUCCAGACUACUAAUGGGAAGACGGUUGUUGCUAGUUUAUCGAAAAUUUAUCCAAAGGAUAUGGAAGCUCCUGCUGGUGGAGUCGAUGACAUGACUAAGCUAUCAUAUUUGCAUGAGCCUGGAGUUUUGCAGAAUUUGGCAUUGAGAUAUCAUACCAAUGAAAUUUAUACUUAUACUGGAAGUAUUCUUAUUGCCAUUAAUCCAUUCCAAAGACUGCCUCAUCUAUAUGAUGGUCACAUGAUGGAACAAUACAAGGGAGCACCAUUUGGGGAACUGAGUCCUCAUGUUUUUGCUAUUGCUGAUGUUGCUUAUAGGGCAAUGAUCAAUGAGGGCAAAAGCAACUCCAUUCUGGUCAGUGGUGAAAGCGGGGCUGGUAAGACAGAAACUACUAAAAUGCUCAUGCGGUACCUUGCCUUUAUGGGUGGUCGUAAAGGCACUGAAGGAAGGACUGUUGUGCAACAAGUUCUAGAAUCAAAUCCAGUUCUUGAAGCAUUCGGCAAUGCAAAAACUGUUCGAAAUAACAAUUCCAGCCGUUUUGGUAAAUUUGUCGAGAUUCAAUUUGAUAAGCAUGGAAGAAUUUCAGGAGCAGCCAUUAGAACUUAUCUUCUUGAGAGAUCUCGUGUCUGUCAAAUUUCAGACCCAGAACGGAAUUAUCAUUGUUUUUACCUUCUUUGUGCAGCACCACCAGAGGAAGUUGCGAAAUACAAGUUGGGAGAUCCUAAAUCAUUUCACUAUCUUAACCAAUCAAAUUGCUAUGACCUCGUUGGUAUAAGUGAUGCUCAUGAUUAUCUUGCCACUAGGAGAGCUAUGGAUAUUGUUGGAAUCAGUCAGAAAGAUCAAGAUGCAAUUUUCAGAGUUGUGGCUGCAAUUCUUCAUCUUGGUAAUGUUGAAUUUACUAAGGGGAAAGAAAUUGAUUCUUCUGUUUUAAAAGAUGACAAAUCCAAAUUCCAUCUUCAAACGGCAGCAGACCUUCUCAUGUGUGAUCUUGGUGCAUUGGAAGAUGCACUGCUAAAGCGUGUAAUGAUCACCCCAGAAGAAGUUAUCAAGAGAAGUCUUGAUCCUGUUCAGGCAACAGUUAGCAGGGAUGGUUUAGCUAAGACAAUAUAUUACCGUUUGUUUGACUGGUUAGUUGAUACAAUUAAUGUUUCAAUUGGACAAGAUCCUAACUUGAAUGAUAUACAGUUAGCAGGGAUGUUUCAAUUAGUUGAUACUGAUUUUUGUAUUAAUUUCACAAAUGAGAAGCUGCAGCAACAUUUCAACCAGGUUGUCCAAAAAAAAAAAAAAAGAAACUAUUCUCAGCAGCAAAUUCAAAACUCAUACAUCAAUCUUUGAUAUAACUUUAUUCUAUUUAUAUUGUUUUUGCAGAAACCUGGAGGGAUUGUUGCUUUACUUGAUGAAGCCUGCAUGUUUCCGAAGUCGACUCAUGAAACAUUAGCACAAAAGCUUUAUCAGACAUUCAAGGUUCAUAAACGCUUUAUCAAGCCAAAAUUGUCUCGUACAGAUUUCACCAUUGCUCAUUAUGCUGGCGAGGUUCUUUAUCAAUCUGAUCAGUUUCUAGACAAAAACAAAGACUAUGUCGUUCCCGAAUAUCAAGAUUUGUUGAGUGCUUCCAAAUGUUCUUUUGUAGCAGGCCUUUUCCCUCGACUUCAGGAGGACACUACCAAAUCUUCAUCCAAGUCUUCUAAGUUCUCGUCUAUUGGUUCUCGUUUUAAGCUACAACUGCAACAACUAAUGGAAACACUGAGUUCUACAGAGCCCCACUACAUUAGAUGUGUGAAGCCAAAUAAUCUUCUUAAACCUGCUGUCUUUGAGAAUGUCAAUAUCAUGCAACAACUACGUUGUGGUGGUGUUCUAGAGGCAAUAAGAAUUAGUUGUGCUGGAUACCCAACCCGCAAGACAUUUUUUGAAUUUCUGAAUCGAUUUGGCCUCCUUGCUCCCGAGGCUUUGGAAGGGAAUGUUGAUGAAAAGGUUGUUUGCCAAAGGAUUUUGGACAAGAUGCAACUCAUGGGGUCUCAGAUAGGAAAAACAAAGGUUUUUUUAAGAGCUGGUCAGAUGGCUGAGCUAGAUGCGCGGAGAGCGGAAAAACUUAACAAAGCUGCCAAGACUAUUCAAAGGCAGAUUAGAACUCAUAUUACUCGCAAAUGGUUUAUUGAUUUGCGGGAAGCUAGUGUAUCCAUACAAUCUAUAUUGAGAGGAAGACUUGCAUGCAAAAUAUUUGACAACAUGAAAAGGGAGGCAGCUGCUCUUAAAAUUCAGACAAGCUUGCGUAGGCAUUUAGCCAAAAUAGCCUAUACCAGACUCGAGUUAUCAGUUCUUGUCUUGCAGACAGGUUUGCGGGCAAUGGCAGCCCGUAAUAAAUUCAGAUAUAAAAGGCGGACAAAGGCAGCAAUUAUUAUUCAGGCCCAUUGGCGUGGUCAUAGAGCUUUUUUGUACUACAAGAAACUAAAAAGGGCAUCCAUUGUUACACAAUGCAGAUGGCGGGGAAGAGUCGGCAGAAAAGAGCUUCGAAAACUAAAGAUGGCUGCAAGAGAAACAGGUGCACUGAAAGAAGCAAAGGAUAAGCUUGAGAAACAGGUGGAAGAACUCACAUGGCGUAUGCAGUUGGAAAAACGUUUGAGGACUGAUUUGGAAGAGGCAAAAGGGCAGGAGAUAACGAAGUUGCAACAUUCCUUGCAAACUAUGCAAAACAAAGUUGAUGAAACAAAUUCAUUGCUUGUAAAGGAACGCGAGGCUGCACAAAAGGCAAUUGAAGAAGUAUCUUCUAUUGUCAGAGAAACUCCUGUGCUUGUCCAAGAUACUGAAAAGAUUGAGACUCUGACUACUGAAGUGGAAAACUUGAAGGCUUCAUUCCAUUUGGAGAAAGAACGAGCUGAUGAUUCUGAAAGGAAAUGUGCAGAAGCCUUAGAAGCUAGUGAAGAGAAGCAAAAGAAGUUAGAAGAAACUGAAAAAAAGGUCCAUCAACUUCAGGAAUUGUUGAACAGGCUUGAAGAGAAGGUCACCAACAUAGAGUCAGAAAAUAAAGUUCUUCGCCAGCAGGCUCUAACCGUGGCCCAAAAUAAUAAGCUCCUCUCUGGACGCUCUAGGUCAAUUGUUCAGAGGGCGGAAAGUACAAAAACUUCCUUGGAUCUGCACAGUGUUUCAAUGAACUCGAGGGAUCAGUCGGAGGUAGAGGAGAGACCACAAAAAUCACUUAAUGACAAGCAGCAGGAGUAUCAGGACUUGUUCAUCCGAUGUAUUGCUCAACACCUAGGCUUUAGUAGGGGCAGACCUGUUGCUGCUUGUAUCAUAUACAAAUGCCUUAGGCAGUGGAGAUCAUUUGAAGUUGAACGGACUAGCAUUUUUGAUCGGAUUAUCCAAACUAUCGGCCAUGCGAUUGAGACUCAGGACAACAAUGAUACCUUGGCCUAUUGGCUAUCCAACGCGUCAACUCUGUUGUUGCUGUUGCAACGUACAUUGAAAGCAAGUGGUGCAGCUGGGAUGGCCCCACAACACCGGCGACAAUCAUCAGCAACUCUGUUUGGGAGAAUGACACUGAGUUUCCGUGGAAGUCCACAAGGUGUCAAUCUUUCUCUUGACAAUGGUGAGAUGACUGAAGGAGUGGAUACCUUAUGCCAAGUUGAAGCCAAAUACCCUGCAUUGCUGUUUAAACAGCAGCUGACAGCAUAUGUGGAAAAGAUAUAUGGGAUGAUCCGCGAUAACCUGAAAAAGGAGAUUUCUCCGUUGCUUGGGUUGUGCAUUCAGGCACCAAGAAUCUCUAGAGCAAGUUUAAUUAAGGGGACAGCUCGUACGCUUGCAAAUGCCGCUGCUCUGGAGAUUUUGAUUGCUCACUGGCAAGGGAUUGUAAAGAGACUAGGAAAUUUCUUGAGCAUGUUGAAAGCCAAUCAUGUACCCCCUUUUUUAGUUCGCAAAGUGUUUACACAAAUAUUUUCAUUUAUCAAUGUACAAUUAUUCAACAGCCUUCUAUUGAGAAGAGAAUGCUGCUCAUUUAGUAAUGGUGAAUAUGUCAAGGCAGGAUUGGCUGAACUAGAACAUUGGUGCUACAAGGCAACUGAUGAGUAUGCAGGUUCAGCUUGGGAUGAGCUCAAGCACAUAAGACAGGCGAUUGGGUUUCUGGUUAUACAUCAAAAGCCAAAGAAGACACUUGAUGAAAUAAGUCAUGACCUGUGCCCAGUGCUUAGUAUUCAACAACUCUACCGAAUCAGCACAAUGUAUUGGGAUGACAAGUAUGGGACACACAGCCUUUCUCCAGAUGUAAUAUCCAACAUGAGGGUGCUGAUGACUGAAGAUUCAAACAACGCUGUCAGCAGUUCUUUUUUGCUGGAUGACGAUUCAAGCAUUCCAUUUUCAGUUGAUGACAUCUCAAAAUCAAUGGAUCAGAUUGACAUUUCGGACAUAGAACCACCACCGCUUAUUCGUGAAAAUUCAGGAUUCAGUUUCUUGUUACCGCGUGCCGACUGAUCACCUUUUCAUGGUUGUCUGUCUUGUCACUUAGAGGAUUAGUCCAAGGUAACUUUCUUACACUUAUUCAGCUAGGUGGGGCAUUGUUUACAAAGCCAAAAUCAUCGAAGGGAUGAACUAACGAAGAGGAAAGAAAGGGAAGUUUUCUAUCCAAAUAAGAGAACAACAAAACCACUCAAAAUUCACCUGGAAGUGAUUUUUGGGCAGAAUUAAGGGGUGUUUAGUUGUGUAGAUAACUAGUUACUUAAGGAAAAUGUAUCCUCUUAACUGUUAGUGAUUUGGAUUGAAUUCCCACCUGAUAAUUGUUAGGUUUCAACAUUAAAAGAAGAAGAAGAAGAAGAAGAAGAGGAACAAAAAUUGUUGGAGGUCUCUACCAUUCAUAUUUUUAGUGUAAAACAUGCUUUAUGAGAAUGUGACAGCGAGUGACAACCCACAUUUUGUCUUUCUAUGAUCGCGCCUUCUGCAACUAA